AUGGGGUGGCGCGCGGGCGGGGCGCGCGGGGUUGCUAGCCGGUACGGGCCGCCAUUGUGGCCAGUUCGAUCGUUUCCUGUUUCAUCCCCACCCCAAACAAUUGAAUUUGUAAACUGGGCUAAUUUCGUGUGUGUUUCAUACAUCAAUUUCAAUUUUCUGUUGUCCUGCAGGAAUGACACCAAGGAAGAUGUGUUUGUCCAUCAGACUGCCAUAAAGAAGAAUAACCCCAGGAAGUACCUCCGCAGCGUGGGAGAUGGAGAGACCGUGGAGUUUGAUGUGGUUGAGGGAGAAAAGGGCGCGGAGGCAGCUAAUGUGACAGGUCCUGGUGGCGUCCCAGUGCAAGGCAGUAAAUACGCAGCAGACCGUAACCAUUACAGACGAUAUCCAGUCGUAGGGGUCCUCCACGCAACUACCAGCAAAACUAAGAAUAGUGAGAGUGGGGAAAAGAACGAAGGAGCAGAGAACAUCCCAGAAGGCCAAGCCCAGCAACGCCGUCCCUACCGCAGGCGGCGGUACCCACCUUACUAUAUGCGUAGGCCCUACGGGCGUCGACCACAAUAUUCCAACCCUCCCGUGCAGGGAGAGAUAGUGGAGGGUGCUGACAGCCAGGGUGCAGGAGAUCAAGGCAGACCAGUCAGGCAGAACAUGUAUCGAGGGUAUAGACCACGGUUUCGCAGGGGUCCUCCUCGUCAAAGACAGCCGAGAGAGGAUGGGAAUGAAGAAGAUAAAGAGAACCAAGGGGACGAGACCCAAAGUCAGCAGCCACCUCAACGUCGGUACCGUCGUAACUUCAACUACCGACGCAGACGCCCAGAGAACCCUAAACCACAAGAUGGCAAAGAGACGAAGACAGCCGAUCCACCAGCUGAGAACACGUCCGCUCCCGAGGCCGAGCAGGCGGGGCUGAGUAAACACCGGCUUAACAUCUCUACCAUCAUCCGGUUUAGUCAUCAAAGAAAAGACUUAAGAAAUGAAGAAGAAAAGAAAAUGAAAUUCCAGCAAUAAGAAAUGAACAAAAGAAUUGGAACUGAAGACCUUAAGUGCUUGCUUUUUGCUGUUGACCAGAUUACUAGAACUAUCUGCAUUAUCUAUGCAGCAUGGGGUUUUUAUUAUUUUUACCUAAAGAAGUCUCCUUUUGGAAACGAUAAACACGUUUUUUAAAAGCCUGUUUUUUCUCAAUAUACCUUUAAAGGUUUUUAAAUUGUUUCAUAUCUGGUCAAGUUGAGAUUUUUAAGAACCUCAUUUUUAAUUUGUAUGAAAUAUACACCUGAUUUUUUCAAGUCAAACUGCAAGCAUCUGUUAAUAAAGGUCUUAAAGAAUUA